AGAGGAGAGUAUAAGAGAGAGUAAGGGAGCUGAACAGACAAAGAGGUGAAGAAUUUUCAACAACUUUUGUCUUCUUCUGCUCUAAAAGAUAAACCUUUUCCAACGAAGUCUUACUCCUUAAUGGUGUUUCGUUGACUUCACGUUACAACUUUUCAACACGGUGUGUGGUCUUCAACUCGUCAUUCAAUCUUUGGUCAUUUUAUCCUCAAAAGUAAAAGAAACUUUUUUUUCGUUGUUGUUUGAGAUGGAGUGGUGGAAGAAGAAGAGUUUACGAGCCAUAAUUAAAAGGGAGAGAUUGGUCCGAGGACACGAGAGAGGUGGGACAUUGCUAGAAGAGAUCAUCAAAUCUUGCAAUGGCAAAGCAAAUCCCAUCAAAAUAUUCUCCGCUGAUCAAAUCCUAGAAGCCACCGACACUUUCAGCGAAUCCAAUCGUGUUUCUGAACUAUUCGAUGAGAUUCCAUACGAUUGGUAUUAUUCAGGUAAAAACAAUAACCAUCAUCAUCAUCAUAAACUGUUACUCAUCAAGAAAUGGAGAUAUAGAUUUAGUGAGCAUAACGGAGGAAACUUUUGCCGUGACAUAGCCAUCUCAUCGAUUGUUAGUGGUCAUAAAAACUUCAUGCAAUUGGUUGGAUGUUGUCUUGAAUCUGAACAUCCAGUUUUGGUUUAUCGUGCAUCAAAGAAACCUACUAGUUUAGAUCUGAAAAUGGUUGUGUCAUGGAGACAAAGAUUGAAAAUAGCAGAGGAGAUUGCAACUGCUUUAGCUUAUCUUCACACUGCGUUUCCAAGACCUUUCGUAUAUAGGAUUCUGCGUUUAGAAGAUAUCUUAUUGGAUGAUGAAGAUGGUGUUGCUAAGUUGUGUAACUUCUCCUACUGUGUCUCUAUUCCACAAGGAGAAACAUUUGUGAAGCUUGGUAAUGGUUGUAUAGGUGGAGAUUAUGAUUACAUGGAUGAUAAUUAUUUGAUUAAUGGUAUUGUCUCGGAGAAAACUGAUGCGUUUGGAUUUGGUAUUUUUAUGCAAAAGCUUCUGAUGGGAGAAGAGAGAUUUCAUGAGCUUUGUUAUGAUCGGAGUGACUUGACAACUUUUGAAAACAGAAGAAAGUUUGCAAAAUGCAUUGAUGAGAUUGUCGAUUCAAACAUGUUAGAGAAAAUAGGUGAUGUUACAGAAGAAGAGCGUUGUCGAAUGGAAGCUUUCAUUGUCCUCUCGGAAAGAUGCAUUGGUCUUAGAGGGGAAGUUCCAAAAAUGGUUGAAGUUGCCAAAGAACUAAAAAGAUUCCUUAGAGAUUCUUCUUCUUCUUGUGGUGAAACAAGUUUAUAGAUUACAUAUCACAUACUUGUUAUAGAUUAUAUAAAUGGUUUAAAAACAGAUUUUCAAGGUUUAAAACAGAUUAGCAAGUCCAAGUUUCAUUUUUAUUCUGUAUAAAUUUAGAAAUUUUCUUUUCAAGAUGUUGCAUAUUUUUGUAGGCUUGUAGCCACGUUUCUUCUUGUUUACAAAUCGUUGACUUCACUUUUUAAUUUGACAUAAAAAAAA